GACAUCUUCUCUCUCUCUUUCUGAAGUGAACUGUUGUUGUUGUGCUCUUUGGUUUCAUCGAGAGAGAACCUAAACCCGAUCUGAACCAAUAACAAUAAGAAGACGAAUGGCGUCUUCGUCGUUCUCAGUCACAUCUCCAGCUGCUGCUGCUUCCGUCUAUGCAGUCACUCAAACCUCCUCGCACUUCCCAAUCCAAAACCGCUCUCGCAGAGUUUCUUUCCGUCUCUCUGCUAAGCCCAAGCUUCGCUUUCUCUCCAAGCCUAGUCGCAGUAGCUACCCUGUGGUGAAAGCACAAUCUAACAAGGUUAGUACUGGUGCAUCAUCAAAUGCUGCCAAAGUUGAUGGGCCAUCAUCAGCUGAAGGAAAGGAGAAAAACUCAUUGAAGGAGUCGUCUGCUUCUUCUCCUGAAUUAGCUACAGAAGAGUCUAUUUCUGAGUUCCUUACCCAAGUAACAACUCUUGUCAAGCUUGUGGAUUCAAGAGACAUUGUUGAGUUGCAGUUGAAACAACUCGACUGUGAACUAGUCAUUCGAAAAAAAGAAGCCUUACCUCAACCUCAAGCUCCUGCAUCUUAUGUUAUGAUGCAGCAACCAAAUCAACCAUCUUAUGCCCAGCAAAUGGCUCCUCCUGCUGCACCUGCUGCUGCCGCACCAGCCCCUUCUACGCCAGCCUCUCUGCCUCCACCAUCCCCACCUACUCCAGCCAAAUCGUCACUUCCUACUGUUAAAAGCCCCAUGGCUGGCACAUUCUACCGUAGUCCUGCACCUGGUGAACCACCCUUUAUUAAGGUUGGAGACAAAGUGCAGAAGGGGCAAGUUCUAUGCAUUGUUGAAGCCAUGAAGUUAAUGAAUGAAAUAGAGGUGAGUUUCUGAAUCAUCUGAAAAUGGGGUACCAUCUGAACCUUUUAUCUACCUUAACUACUUCGAAUCAUCUCUUACUAAAUACAUACACUAAAAAAAUAUGUUGUUUCUCUGUUCAAUCCCACUUAGUCAUCUACUUCAUAUGAUUUGUCAAUUAUAUAUGGAUGAAUACUUGUGCUUAACGUGUGCCAUUGAUUUAACUCUGAAACUUGAACUUCUUCUCCUCAGUCUGACCAUACCGGAACCGUAGUCGAUAUUGUCGCAGAAGACGGCAAGCCUGUCAGCCUCGACACUCCUCUGUUUGUGGUUCAACCGUAGAAUCGGCACCAUGAGAAAUGGAGAAAAGAAGCUCUACUAAAUUCAUUCUCUGUGCUUUGGUAAUACAAAAUUUGCUGAGACUUCUAAAAACGUUUCCCCUUCGCUGUCACUGUUAAAGUCUGUUAGGUUUGUUAGUUUGGUGAGGAAGAAUUGAGUUUUCUUUAGUUUCUCUAUUCGUUAAAAAAAAAAAGAUGAGACAUUUUUUUCCAUAAGCUCUGUUUUUAUUUCUUUCCUAUAUACACGAACUCUUCUUGUUCUGUUCUAUUUGCAAAUUAUCCAAUUUCAGAAUACA